CCUGGUGUUUUGCUUGCUGUGUUUGGGUCGUUUGGGCCUGGCUGUGGUGGUGGAAGUGUGUGGACCGGAGGAUCUUGGGCCAUAUACUCCAUCAGGAGUCCCCCACUCCUUUUGUCGAGAGCUUCUCGAGGGAAAUAGAAGUGUUGUAAAGUCUCCGGUGGCUGCCUUGAUGUAGUUGUGAAGUAGUGAAAACAUUGCUUUUUCCGUGUUUAGCCGAGGGCCGACCCCCCACACAUUAGAGUCGAGGGUUUGUUGGUUUUUCAGCAGGUAGCCGAGGGCUGAGGUCGACACCUCUUGAUCCAAAAUGGGGAGAUGCCUCGUUAAAAUCUCAUUAGGAAAAAACCCAGUGGGAAAAAAACCUAAUGAGGGAAAAAAAGUGCACCAGAUGCCCCCAAAAUGAAGCAAGGGGGGUGAAACCUUCGGCGUGAGAUACAUGAUCAUGUUAAGGCCGAGGGCCGUUCACUGUCUGAGGGCAUGACCGUUGGGAGUAGUCGUCGGAAUAUGACCGUAGUUGAUGAAUACAAAUGAAUAUUCCGGUGCUUGCCGAGGGGAGUCCCCCAGUCCCUCAUACCUUGAGGGGCUGAGAGCUUCCUGAGGGGAAGUGUAAGUGAGUCGCCUUUGCAAUUUUGGUGAAGUCGGCGAGGAUUCUUUGAAAACUGGCGUAUUUCCCGAGGGGUUCCCCAGUCCACCACACCUUCGUGCUGAGGGCUAACUCUGGAUGAAGGGGUUUGAAUGUGAUAACCCGAGGGCUUGCUUUGUUGUCGUUUGAAGGGUGCCAGCCGAGGCCACCUCAGUGUUUCAAAAAUAGCCGUUGGGAUAUGACCGUUGGGGGAGCCGGCCACGUGGCGAGGGAUAGUUGGCUUGUUCCGGGCGGGUGUCGCAAGUUGGUUGACGCGACGGUUCGUGAUGAUGGGCUUUAAACCCGAGGCCCAGAUUCAGGCCUGAAUCGUGGUUUCAGGAGGCUAUAAAUACCCCUGGUCUGAACCCAUUUUCCUUGUGCGAUUUUUAGUUGAAGCGAAGCUCUGCCAAAUUUUAUAGAGAGAGAAAGCCCUUUGUUCGAUCCAACCUUUUCUACCGAGGUCAGUUCUUCCCCCGUUCUUGGUAUUUCUUGCCUACUUUGCUUCGCCUCCUUUAGAUUUAGUGUUAGUGGCCUUAGGGUUUCUGUCACCUGAACCUCCUAAUAUAUUAUUGAAGGAUGUAAUCCACAAGUAUUCCCAUGAUAUCUUGAGAGAGCCUUCGGUCCAGUCUGAGACAUGGUCGGAUGAGAGAUCAGUAGAAGAUGAGGCUUCAUCUAACGGUGACUCUGCUGAGGCCAUGGAGGUCCAGAGCAACCUCAGAGCCGAGGCUGAGGCCGAGGAAUUUGAGCAAGUGAACGAGGACGAGGAGCUGGCCCUCGUCGUUCAUACCGCGGAGGAGGAGAAGGAGCGACAACAAGUUACUGUUGAUAUCCCCUUGGCAGUGGCCAGCGGAGCGGGGACUUCACGAGCCCUCAUUCCAGAACCCCUUAGAGCUGCGUCGUUGAAGAAGAAGAAGGUGAAAUCAGCUUCCAAGAAGAAGCAAGCGGCUGCAGAUGCCGGGAAGCCCGUCGGUAUUCCUAAGGGGUAUUCGUUUCUGAAUACCAUGACCCUCGAUCUAAAGACGAAAGCUCAAGCGGCCGACUACCACGCUACACAACUAUAUGCUGGGCCCUCGACGACUGUGGUAGAACCGGGACCCACUAACCUGUUGUCUCGCCCCCCGAAGGCUGCUUCACCGUGCAUGUCCUCUUGGUGGAAAUAGGCCUUCGGUUCCCUCUCCAUCCGUUCAUGGUGGAGUACUUGAACUUCGUAAACCUGGCCCCCUGCCAGUUGACUCCCAAUAGCCACUCCUAUAUCGUCGGCUUCCUAUCCCUUUGCCGCUCCAUUGAUGUGGAGCCCUCCCUAGACCUCUUCUUUCUCUGCUUAAACUUGUGCCGGGGUGGUCACGUAAAUUGCGAAGGUUUCGCCAACCUCCAACAGGUCCCGGAAUGGAGGCUGUUCUCAGAGGUUCCUUCGUCCCACAAAGGAUGGAGGGAACGUUUCUGCUACAUCUGUAUGGCGGAGAAUUCGUUUCCCGCGCCCCUUCGAGACAAUUUCUGGCGCAUUCGAAAGUGGGGAGUGCCGCUCUCGAGAAAUCGGCAAAGAAGAUAUCAGCUAAGCUGGAGGGGCCCGAGGACGUGGUGACGAUUGAUGAUGCCACCCUCCCGAACGACUUGUAUAGCCUGGGCUUCCGGCGUUACCGCCUGUUUGGGGAGAGUGACGAGAAGUAUCCGAUGAUAGAUCGGGUUUACGAGAGCGUCGAAGGUGCUACCAUGGACGUCCAAUCCUUCGUGGCGUUGAAGAGGCAGAAGGGAAAGGCCCAGGCUAAAAAGAGGAAGGAGCCGACGGCCCAGAAGCCGGUGGAUGUCUUCUUCAGGAAGGAGGGGGAGGAUCCUUCCGAAGCCGCCCCCGCUGGUGAUGGAGCUAGGGGCUCUCAGGCCGAUGCGGCCAAGAAGAAGAAAAAGCCGGUGAAGGGGCAUGAGCCAUCAGCAAAGAAACAGAAGGUGGAUGAAUCCGGCAAGCAGCCUGCUUCUGACGACGUGAUCGUUGUAGACGACGUCGCUGGCUCCGUCCCCACGCCUCCAGAGUUUGUCAAUGAGGAUUUCUUCGGCUGGGAAAAGCUGGAGGCUUUCGUGCCGAAGGGCAUCUCUGUCUUCAUGGCCACUCUCUGCCCCUCGGUCUUCAUGAGCCAGGUGAUGCCUUCGGGCGAUAGGGUGGCCCUCGCCCAGACGGACGAUGACGCUCUCAACUCCAGGACUCUCCUGAAUAGUGCCUCCACCUAUAUGGGCCUGUGCGAGCAUCUCCGAAGGGACGAGCAGCUGAGGAAGACCAAACUCGUUGCUGAUGAGGAGAAUUCUGGCCUCCGGAAAAAGAUGGCCGAUCUUGAGGAGACCCUCCAGACGGCAAUGGAGGGUGUGGACCAACGGUUGGAGGCUGCCAAGGCCGAGGGCAGGGCUGAGGGUAAGACCGAAGCUGAGAAGGUUGCCAGGGAGGCUGCCUAAGCUGUUGCUGAAGCCGCCGAGAGGGCCAAGAUCGAGGCGGUGGGCGUGGCUGAGAAGUCCGCUGUUGAUGCCUUCGUCUCUGAGGGCUGGAUGGACGAGGACAGGAAAGAGUGGGUCUCCUUGGUAGUGGAGAAGAGCGUGUAUGCCUGGGUUGAAGGCCCCGACAAAAUGUGGUUGGCUGUGAAAGGCGAAUCAUAUUAUCAAGGGGGUGAGUUCUUCACCCAACACCUAAUAUACCGGAAGUUGGCCUGGCAUCUCAACAUUCCUCCAGAGAGUUUUGAGCCAAAAUCCCACGGUCUCCCCCCCUCGGUAGCCAGAUAUCAGAAUCCCCUCCCACCGGAUGUGGAGAGGCCGACCCUGGAAGACUCCGAGCUGAUGAGGGAGUGCGCUUUGGUGAUGAAGACGAGGCUAUUGAGGGUUCCACCUCCAAGGCCGAUGAGGGCGUUGCAGAAGAGGGCGUAGUUACUUGUACUUAGAUUUUUUUGAACAAUGUUGUGUAAUAACAUUUCUUAACUUCCGGCUUCGGCAUGAUGUAACAAACACCUCUAUUGUUUUUGUU